GGGUGGGAAAUGGCGGCCUGGGCGCGGGCGGUGCGGGGGUUGCUGCUGGAUAUCAGCGGGGUCCUCUACGACAGCGGCGGUGAUGGCGGGGUGCCCAUCGCCGGUUCGGUGGAGGCGGUGCGCAGGAUCAAAGCGUCCGGUCUGAAGCUGCGGUUUUGCACUAACGAAACCCAAGCGACCCGGGAGAAUUUUGUGAAGAAGCUCCAGGGCAUGGGCUUUGACAUCUCCGUGGCCGAAGUCACUGCCCCGGCGCCAGCAGCCUGCCGCAUUUUGAAGGAGCGCAGCCUGAGGCCGCACUUGCUCGUGCACAACGAUCUUGUCCCUGAAUUUGCUGAGAUCGAUAAAACAAACCCAAACUGUGUUGUUAUCGGAGAUGCAGCAGAAAACUUUACCUACGCAAACCUUAAUGAAGCUUUCCGAGUUCUGAUUGGGAUGGAGAAGCCUGUUUUGAUCUCCCUUGGAAGAGGACGCUACUAUAAAGAAACCGAUGGUCUGAAACUUGAUGUUGGAGCAUAUAUGAAGGCAUUAGAGUAUGCCUGUGAUGUUCAAGCUGAGGUAGUGGGAAAACCAGCAAAAAUGUUUUUUGAGUCAGCCUUAGCAGAAAUGGGAGUUCCACCACAGCAGGCCAUCAUGAUUGGAGAUGAUAUUGUGAAUGAUGUAGGAGGUGCCCAGCGGUGCGGUAUGAGAGCUCUGCAAGUGCGGACAGGGAAGUACAGAUGCUUCCUGGAUCGAAAGGAGCGACUGGAUCUGAUGGGAUGGAUAAACAACUUUGCAGCUCUCGGUUCCUGCAGCUCAGCUCCCCAGUGUCAUCCCAGCGACUGUCCCUGCCUGGCCGUGGGUCACUCUGCUGUCAUGCAGGGUGACUCUGCGUCCCGAGGCUCAAGGAGGGGGUUUUGUGAACAGCCCAAAUCCUGGUUGAUGAGGGGACUGGAUGGAGCCAUCUGUCCCAGUCCCAGCAUGGCUCUUGCUCCUGCCAAGUUCAGUAAGGCUGCACAUGAGCACGUCUCCACAGCUCCAGCUGCCUCCUGACACCAACAUGCCACUGGCUGCCUGCUCUUAGGCAGUGCCCAACAUCAUACACCCUAGUCCUAGGGGCAGAAAUCAUCUCUGGGUGGCGCUGGGCAAACCAGGGUGAUUGAAAACUUCCUUCAAGCCCCUCUCUGAUGCUGGCAUUGUUCCUACGCGUGCACUUCUUCUGCCCUCCUUCCCAGAUCAUCUGCUGCACAGGUUGAAGGUGCUGAGCAGGGACCUUCUUGCUGCUGAUGGCUGAGCUGUUCCCGCACAGUUCCCUUCGGAUACUGUGGGGACAUCCCCUUUGGAUGGUGUGGGAACAUCUUGCAUCCCUUCCCAGGAAAAGCCAGGCUCUUCUGAGCAGGAUGCUGUAACCCCCAGAGCCUCGGUGACAGGCUGUGUUGGCCCUCCUGACUUUAUCUGAGGAAUGAGACUGUGUUGAAAGGUUUGGGGGAAAAGCAAACUGACCAUUACUGGGCUCUGUAGGUGGAGAGGAAUCUGGGGCUGAAAGCUGGACCAGCCCAGCCUGUGCUGCAGGGCCCUGCUACACUCCCAACAAAACCCAUGCACGUGGCCAGGUGGGUUUUAUCCAAGAGAGCAGUGCUCAAGGAAAAACAUACAGAAAAGCUGCGGUGCUUCUUCCAGCUCACGUGUACCCGUGUUUUCUGAAUGGAAAAGUCCACGAUCCUGUGAGAGUGGCUGGAGAGAAACCCCAUCUCGCAGCCCCCUGCGAGGGCACUGCAAACAUGUGGAGACAUGAAACAACCUCUAUACAAGAGUAAUGGGCAGUGUCCUCACUUCUGCCUGACCUUUUCGGUGCUGGCUCGGUUACCAGCAGUUCCUCUUCUCCUCCGAGGCAGCCUGGCAGGCGGUGUUGAUGGGACCAGCCACUAAAAUGGUAGAAGGUGUCAAGAAACGAAAAGCAACCAAGAGUCUUACUGUCUUGCCCGAGUAUUUUUGUAUUGGAUGUGAGGGCUGCAAUACGGUGUUUGGCUGGGACUGGAUCGAGUGCAGACUGCAUCUGUAUUCAGCGCUGUCUUGGCCGGUUAGCAAACUAACUUGAUCCCAGGUGGCCAUCAUCUGGAGAGUGGCUGAUUGCCAAGUAAAUCCAGGAGCUGCUAUCUUUAUAGGAAACUCCUAGAAGAUUGACUAGGCAGUAAAACAAGAGUUUUCUAUAGCAAUUACUCUGCAGGGAAUUUGGCCCGAUCUCUGCAUUGCAAAUGUAUAGGACAUAUGCCUAUAGGAAUCCUUGAGAGUGCGAUAGAAUUUAAUCAAUCCCAUUUGUUUGUGUGGAGAGUCAGGCCAGAUCUCUGUGGCAGACGCCCAGGGAACACUGGAGGCAGCAUAACCUGCUAAGCAAAGAUGUAUGUGGCCUCGUGAACAGAAUAACACCAAAUUUGCUUUUUUGUCCCUCAGUCAACGCUUUCCCUUACUGCAUGCAGUCUUUGCUCAUCCUUUCAUUUUCCUCAUUUUUUUUUCCUUCUCUGUCUCUUUGCCCCAGAUUCCUGUCUUUAUUUAUUUGUUUCUUUAUUUAUGUGUCUGCCUUGCUUUCUUCUUAUGCUUCAUUCUGUGCUGGGAGGCAAGAAGAGGCGAUUGCAUGUGACGGGGCUGUUCUGCAGCCCGGCUCACUGCGGGUCCUCGCUGAAUCCGGGGACUGGGCAGGAGCAUGAAGGUGCUGGGGGUCCUGGUGGGCUCCCACUGCUGCCCUGGGGACACUGUGACCUCCGAUGUCCCUUUGGGAGCACAUGGCAGAGAGCUGUCCUGCAGGCUGAAGAACAAACCCAGCACCAGCAACUGGUGUGCUUCGUGGGAGUGGGUCCUGGCUUCGGAGUUACACCAGUCAAACAAAUCCCAAAUGAGUUCCUAAUGAUCCAUGGUGGUUUAAGGGUUUUUAUUUCCAAAUAAAUGACUUUCCCAGGCACGUUUGUUAUCCCUUUUGAAAACUCUCGGUUCUGCUGUAUGUCCAAGCUGUGCACAAGCAACACACUGAUAAAGAACAACCUGUUGGCAUGAUAAUGUGUAAUUAUACUGUAUAUUUAUUGGAUUGGAUUUACAAGCAACAUGAAAAUGUGAAGAUCUGCUGGCAGCUUAGGCUUCUCCUCUGUCUUGUUCAGCCUGCUGCCCAUACAAAUAACAUGGAAGUUUUGUGUAAUUACAGGAGAUUUGA